UUCGGCGCCUCGGCCUCGGUCCUCUCCUACGCCCAUUUCCAGGCGUUCAAGUUCCCCGACUCGAUGGAGGUCCACUUUCAGUGCACCAUACAAAUAUGCCGCUACCAGUGCCCGGAGCAAUGCUCCGAGUCACCUUUGCUUCUCGAGUCCCAAGGCCUUCUCGAGAAUCAUCAUUCUCCCUCCAGUGGCCACCCUGAUUCCGGCUACGGCCUUCCGCCCCCCAUCCCCCUUCCGCUCGAGGCUUAUUUGCAGGCGGCCGCUGGACGCCCGCGGGACGAAAGG